AUGUCUGUCCCAAGUCUCCGUCUACUUGCUCUGGAAUCUGUAGCAAAUUAUAUUCAUGAUGGUUUUUACGACCAGACAAACUGUGUACUUGAGCCAAAGAUGAGCAAUGAGAUUUGGGAAUUGUUCAGCAGGAGAUACGGAUGUGAUUCUAAUAUUUUAAAACAGGUUGAAUCCAAAAUGGCAGUAACCAAAAUUCAAUUGGGAGGAAAAUCAAUGUUCCAGCCGAUGGUUCAAAUGCUUAGGAAGAAAAGUUUGGAAUCUUUGGCUUUCGAUGGAUUUGAAUUUUUGAAGAACAAGAAAUUAAAACUCGCCACUACCGAUUUCCUACUGGCCCUCAAGAAAGUCGUGGGAAAGGAGUCGAAAAAGAAUUUGAAGUAUUUGGACUUGAACUUUUCUCCAACCACAAGUCGAUCAUGGUCACAAUGGGUCUCUGAAAACCUUCCAAAGCUGGAAACUCUAAUUCUCCGGAACUUGGUACUCAGCAAAAAUGACCUAAACAUUCUUGGACGAAGCUUGCCACGUCUGAAAAGUCUUGAAUUCUUCGCCACCGAUAUUGGCAGUUUGGAAGGACUCUCAAAAUUGAAAAAUCUGGAGACUUUGAGCUUGAAAAAUUGUACACUCUCGAAAGCGCGACUUUUGAAUCCAUUGUUCGAGUGUAAAAAGUUACGAAUGCUGGAUCUAAAAUCUACAGACGAUGGUAAUAUAAUCGAAAAGUUUAUACAGUGUGGAAAAGUGCUGCCAGAAUUAAGAUUCCUCGAUGCAGCUGGAACAGAUAUCGAUAAGGAGAAGCUGGAAAUGUUGAUGAAAACUCACAAGAACCUUAAACAAGUUGUAUAUUCUAGAAUUCCGGGUAUCGAGCUACUCAACUAUGCAACACCUCAAUCGUUCAUUAAAUGCAUGCGACAUUACACCCGUAUGAAACAUGACAUAUUGGUUUCAUAUCUUCUGUUCAGAAUGUUUUAUGAUUUCGACGAAGAGGAAGCCGAGCAAUUGGGCCAGGAAGCUCUCCGUGGGUUUUUAAGUGUUGUCUGUAGAGCACUCGAAGCUUUCAGUGAUGUUGAAGAAAUUUAUGUUCGUGGUGUUCGGUGUUUGAAGAUUAUUGCGGAUGAGCAACAUUUGAAUUCCCUGGGAUCUGAACAUCUUCUUAGGCUUGCUAAUCAGCUAAUGGACACUGGAAUCAGGUGGUUGGAAGAUAAAUCGAUUUGUGGGACCACUACGAAUGUUUGGAACAUCAUUAAUCAAGUAACAAUUUUGAGUUUAACCCAUUUGAAUGUACCAAAGGUUUGCUCAUUCGCUGUAAGAUGCUCUAAACUAGAGGAUGUCGACGUCGUUCCUGCUCUUAACAUGCUAGCCCCCAGAAUCAAUCCAUUAGAAUUAGUGGCUCCCAGGAGUGAUUACCUGGAGCCACUUGUCUUAUGGUUAUACUAUCCGACGCCAAAAAAAAUUUUACAUCGAAAAGAACUCGAGAAUGCUCUGAACACAAUUCAGAAGAUCACAGAAGGCAAUGAGGCAGCGUCUGAGACCUUCGUAGCCUUGAAAAGGAUGUUUUUAGGAAUUCCACGCGUUUCUUGGAUGUUGAAUGAUCCAGUGAAUAUGAUGAACAUUCUGGAAGGAUCUUCGACCCUUAUAAAAAGAGUGCAGCUUGCAUUUUAUUUUAUGGAGAUUCUCGGAGAAUUUGAAGAUCAAGAGCUCGUGGGCCAAAUCCAACAAGUCUUCAAAGAUUUGAACAAUUUACCGGGAAGAAUCAAACGAAGACUUCCCAAAUUCUCAUUCUGUUCCUCCUAUGAAAGUUUAAAAGAUACUGUAGAAAAUUCGAAAUCCGAUGGUCCAGUUGAAUGGGCAUUAUGGACAAUGAGAGAAAUGAUAAAGAAUGAUAAGGAAGCGAAAUUAAAGUUUAGGAGAUGUGGAUUGAAUUCUGCGGUGAAAAAGUUGCGAAGAAAGGAUAACAAGGCAUUGAUGGAUUUGAGGUCGGAGGUCUUGAAAAGAUAA